CUCUUCCAAUGUCUCUUCAUCUCUCUCUUUCCUCUCAUCCUUCUCUUCUCCCUCGCUUGCUCUUUUCUUGUUUAUUCCGGUAUUUAAAUCGCCUUCAAACCGUUGAGUUUUCACCAGAUAUUACACAGCAAACGGAGAAGUGGCUUGACAAAGACUUUACCCUGUGUCCAUCAUCAACUCAUCUAACAUCAACAGUUUCAACAAUCAAGUGUUGUUAAAUAAUUAAUCAACAAUGGAUUUAACCUGCAAAUUAAUGUUUAUAUUAUCGUACAUCUCAAUCCUGGUAACCACUCAAGUUCAAUCAAAAAUCAACUUGAAAAGUUCCCCAUCAACUUCAAUAGCCUUUGGACAACGUAUCGGUGCCUCAAUCAGUUCAUACUCUCUUCCCAUCUUUAAUCUUGGCUCAUCUCCGUCUAACAUGCAAGCAGAUUGUUCAGGAGAUGCUCUAUUUGGAAUGUAUGCUGAUUUAACCUCUGGCUGCAGUUCAUAUCAUGUUUGUCACGGAGGCCGUAAAGAUACCUUUACAUGUCCAGAAGGAACCUUGUUCAGUCAAGAGUUGAUGACUUGUGAUUACUGGUAUCGUGUUUCCUGUGGAUCCUCUAAUGGUGAAGGUUUCAACUAUUCACCCGUUCAGCCACCACAACAACCCCAACCACAGCCACCUCAAACCUAUUACCCUUCUUGGUCUCCAGCAUCAGAAGUGCCCUCACCAGGAACCUACAACCCAACUGCAUCUGGUUCAAUUCCAGUUUUUCCUCAAUUCCCAUUUUCUCCACCCUCGCCACCUUCACCUCCACCAGCUGAAACCUAUCCUUCAUUAACACCACCAGUUUCCCCUGAAAGGGAACGACCUGAGACAGAAGAAGAACCCAGAACAAUCAAACCCCCAACUGGUUUCAAUCCAUUUGAACCUUCUUCAUCUGGUCCCACCCUUCCUAUUCCUGUAAACCCAAGUUUAUCCCCUCAAUACCCACAAUACCCACAAAGCCCUCAAACACCACAAUAUCCAGUUAACCGUCAGUACCCUCAAUACCCUCAAUAUCCUUCUAGUUUCCCUCAAAGCCCUGCAAGCCCUUCUGAUUCCUCACCACCAGCUGGCCAACAGCCACCUUACCUGUUUAACGACUGGAAUCAAGAUGAACCUGAAUGGACUUAUGCUUGGAUGAAAAAAUUGGACUCAUCAAGUGAUAAAAAAGUCCCUAAUGGUGAUGUUAACAAUGUCAAUAACAAGGAUGAUGUACCUUUAACUGGACAACCUUUUGAUUUUACCCUGGUUAAUGAUAAACUAGGAGGACCAUCAGCAAUUAAGGAAAGAUCUGACUCGCCAAAUCCUUGGCUAUUCCCAAGCAAUAAAUUGUACAAAAAAGCUUGAACAGUUGUUAUUAAUAAUUGUCUCAUCCAAAUUGUCUCAUUCUAAUUGUCUCAUUUCACUUUAUCUUUCAUUGAAUCACCUUCUUGUCCCUUCCUGUUGUUUCAUCUUAUCAUCGAUACCAUCGUCAUCAUCUUUGUCAUCGACAUGAUAUUAUCAUUACUCACCAUUCAAUCAGUUUCAAUUACUCAAUUACCUUUAUUUAUUAACAAUGUCCAGGAAAACAAAUCUAACACCCAAAACAGCCAUUUUUAUCAAGUUUUGCAUCAAAACAAUUUGUAGGUUCAUUUAAUUGAAAUUAUAAUCACAAAUAAAAAUGGGAAAGUGACUAAA